GAGAGCAACUGUCGCACGCCACCUGCACAGCCUACUCUCGGGCGUAACGGCUGGCAAGACUGCGAAUACGAAAUUACUGAAAUCGCGCGCGUCAGUGCGGUUCCACGGAUGUUCGCGCAUGUUUAUCUGUGGUGUGAUUCAUAUGAUUUCUAGUAGAUAGCAGUACGAUAAGACGCUUAUGUUAAUAGAAGAGCUGUUCGUAAGUGUAUAUUGAGCGGAGCGCGAAGUGUUGAAAUUGAUUUGACAAGCGAAUAAUUUUGCCAUUGACCUAGAAGCAUUCGGUCAAGGCUUCUUAACCUAUCUAGCAUAAAUAUGGUUGAAGCGGAAUCGAGCAAAGAAGUGUCCAAUGCAAUAUUUUCAAGGGAUGUAGAUAAGAAAAGAGAAGACUAUUUGGAAUGGACUGACUACUUUAUGGCAACGGCAUUUCUUGCUGCCAAACGAAGUAAAGAUCCGUGUUCUCAAGUGGGGGCUUGCAUAGUGAAUCAGGAGAAAAGAAUAGUUGGUGUAGGAUAUAAUGGAAUGCCAUUUGGAUGUAGUGAUGAUGAAUAUCCCUGGAAGAAAGCUUCUACUUCUCGAUUAGAGACCAAAUACUUGUAUGUUUGUCAUGCUGAAAUGAAUGCCAUUCUGAAUAAAAAUUGUUCAGAUGUUAAAAACUGUACAAUUUAUGUUGCUUUAUUUCCAUGCAAUGAAUGUGCUAAACUAAUUAUUCAGUCCGGUAUUAGUGAAGUGGUAUACAUGUCAGAUAAACAUUCAGCAAAGGAAGAAACAAUUGCAGCCAAACGCAUGUUUGAUUCUGCAGGGAUUAAAUAUUGGCAAUAUGUUCCUAAACGUAAGCAGAUAACAAUUGAUUUCACUGAAAUAGAUUGGAACAAAAUGACACAGCUGCCUCCAACACCUUUGAAGGAAAUCAAGUAGGGCUCUGACUGAGGACGUUCAAUUUUGCCUGGUUGCUAUGUCUGUACCGAAGUGAAAAUUGAAUGUGAAAGUUGUUUUCAGUGUUUUUGGGAUAAAUCUGUGAUAUUUUAAUAUUUGGACUAUGUUAUAAAUGUAAGCUUUUUUUAAGUUUUGAAUUACAUGGAAGAGUUAAAAUAUACAUAAAAAUAACUUUGUGGUUUACCCAUAUCUUCAGUCUUUGAAGAUUAUUUUUAAAAUGAGAGUUACCAUUUUCAUUACAAGGAUAUGUAAACAGGUGCAAAAAGUAUGUCAAAGUAAGAGUAGAAGAGGGAUUUAAUCAGACACCAUUUUUUUAAAAUAAAAGAACUAAUUCCAUCAUUGUUGAUUUCUUACCUUCUUUUCCUGCAACACACGUUUAUUUAGUAGUAGGAAAUAAAAUACAAUGUACAGUCAUUUAAAAAACAUGGAACAAGAGAGACCAUAUAAAGCUCAGUCCCCUGCAAGGAUUCCAUUUUGCUGUCUAGUUAAGAUGUUCUGGGGGUUCACACAUGGGUCUCAAAUAAAUAAUCUAUUAACAAAAAAAUAUCUAAGGAGUACAUCUUCCAGUACCAGGUAGACUCCUCACUAGAUAAAUACAUUAUCUACACGAAUUAAAAACAUAUGCUUAUGUUCCAUUAACCAAUGGGGAAGUUCUUGCUUUCAUGAUUUACUCUAAAAUACUCAGUACCAUACAUGUAUUUACAGUCAUUUUCAAUUUAAUGUGAGAAAAGGAUGUAAAAUAGGAGCAACUGCAAUGUAAAAUGUCACAUUUAGCAAACUGUUUAUCCCCUUUAUUUUCAUAAACAUUAGUGAUGCCUGUUCUGCUGGAACUGAGUAUUUUAUUUGCUACUACAAACUGAAUCAUUUAAAUUAAUAUCAGUAUAUCCCUGCCAAGCCAUUAGGUAUCGAAAACCCUUCAUACAAAAGAUACUGGCAGGAAAAAACAUAACAAUCUGAACCAUCAAGGACAUAACUAGUGUACAUGGCACAGAAGGGAGCCCAGUUGUCAGUUCAUUUAGAAUUGCUCAAAAGUAAAUCUUGCAGUUUUGUUCCUUGUAACAGAUUAAUAAGCACAAUUAAUAUUUUUGGCUUAAAUUACCAAUACACAAAUUAAACUAUACGCAAAAGUCCAUUUCCUUUUACAGGUUUUUUCUUGGGUACAAUAGUUAUGACUACAGGAAGUUAAAUGGAAGAUUAUAAUUAUGUCCUGAAUGUUCCAGAUGCUCCGAGCAAUUUCAGUACAAGAUUUAUUGGGUCGUCUACAAUGCUAUUCCUUCAAAAAAGCCUUGGGACACAAGUUCUUUGAUUACGUACAUAUUUGAGAAUCUAAUGAUUGAUAUCAAUGAAUGGGCCACAGGGUUGUGACUAAGACGACAAAAUUGUUCAUUAAAAAAAUGGACGCACUCACGCCAAUUUCACUGUCUCUUUAGAAACAAAUUAAUGUAAAUUAAAAAGGAAAGUGACUGGCAAGACCGAUGUCCGAGACGUUCUUCCUUGUGCAGGCACUGUUCCAGUCUUGAAGGGAUGAGCCUUAAUAUUCCAGCGUUCUGUACGUAACCUGAGUUUCUUCUGAAUGUCACAAUGCACUUCUUUGUGGAGGCAUAUGUAUUCUGUUUGUCAACU